AUGUUGGAUAAUAAACAGAGAUGGAAAAAACUUGUUGGAUUACAAAAAAACCGGAAACUUUAAUGUUUUAAAUUCAAAGAGUUGUUUAUAAUAAAGAAAAAGGAUUUCCUGAAAAAUUAAAUACGCCAUUUUAUUUUGAAAAGGAGAUUUAUAUUGAUAGAUUUUUAUUAGAAAAUAGAGAUUAUAUUUUAGAAAAUAAACCUAAAUUAAAAGCUUUAAAAUAAUAAGUAAAUUUUUUUAUUAAAUUAAAAAAAAAAACUAUACAAAUAAAAAAAGAGAGAUAUUUUAUAAUAAGAACUUUCUAGAAUAAAAAAUUUUUAAAAUUUGAAUUUAUCUAUUACGGAUAUUAUUUAAAAUACAGUUAAAAUUAUUACUGAAAAUUAAUAAGAAUUAUAAUAAGUAUCAAUAAAGUAGGAGAAAUUUUCACCUAAAAAAGAAAUUAAAUUAGAAGCAUAAAAUGAUAAAAUAUAUAAAAAUCUUCAGAAAAAUAAAUAUUUUUUACACGCAAUUUUAAUUCACAAAGGAUAUGCAGAUUCUGGUCAUUAUUAUGCUUAUAUAUACGUUCGUGAUAGGAAAAAAUGGUUUUCAUUUAAUGAUACAUAAGUAGCAGAAGAAACUGAAGAAACAGUAAUGCAAUAAGCAAUAGGCUACUAAAUGACUAGUGCUUAUUGUUUAAUUUAUAUAUAGGAUAAUACGGAAAGCCUUUUUGAAUAUACAUUUGAAUUAAUGGAAAAAGACAAUUAAGAAAGUAUAUAAACUGUAGAUUUGCUUACAAGUGAUAAUUAAAAAUACACAAUAAAAUAAUUUGUAUAAGAAUAGUUGAAAAAAGAAAUAUAUAUAGAAAACGAAAAAUAAUAUUAAGAAUUAGAAUAAUAUGAAAUAAGUUUUUUAGCGGAUAAAAUAUCCGAUAAUUAUUCUAAAAGAUUUGUUUUUUUGAAUGAAUAUGUAAGAAAAAAAUACGAAAAAUAAAAAAGAUAAGGAACAUUGCCUCCUUUAGGAAAUUUCGCAAUUUAUUUGAGAUUUUAAAGUAAUAGUAUUGAGGAACUCCUAAAAUACCAUUUAUUGGAUGUUUCUAUUAAGGAAUAAUCUAAAAAUAAAUUUUCUUUGGAUACUAUAUAAAUGACUAAUUAUAAAAGAUUAAUACAGAAAUUAAAAAGUAAUUUCGAAAUUAUGGGUGAAUUCAAGGCUCCAAAUAAAAUAAUUUUAAGUAAAAAAGAUAUUGAGAAAUUAGAUAUGGAAUAUAAUUUAUAUUUAAAUAAGGUAUAAAGUUGUUUUGCAUUAUUACAUGUUUUCUAACUAAUUUUAAAUGAAGAGAAUUAUAUUGAAUCUUUAGAUUAUUUGCAUUAUAUAUAAGAAUAUAAUACUAAUUCAAAUGAUUAUUUAUAUAGAAUGAGCAGGGACAUGCUUAAAGUUAUUUUACUUAAAUUAGGAUGCUAACUUUUCGAAUUUAAAUAAUAAACUAAUGAAGUUGUUAUUAAAUCUAUUAAAUCCAUUAUACUUUUUUCGGCGAAAUUAUAAAUGGAUGAUAUUAGUAUUUUAUAAAUAUAAAAUAUUCUUUUUGAUUUUAUGAAACAUAUCGGGAAUAUUAAACUGUAAAAAAAUUAGGAAAGAAUUAAUAAUGCAAUUUCAUAAAUAACAAAUUAUUAAGUUAUGUAAGAGUAAAUGAAAAAUCAUCUAAAAUUAAAUCAAUUAAAAAUAGAUUCAAUUGAUGAACAUCUUAUGAAAUAAUCUAUUUAAAAAGAAAGAUAUUUAUGGUAAAUCGAUAAUUAAUUUGAUUAAUCAUUAGAAGAUGAUAUAAAUUAAACAUUUAUUGGAAUAUGUUAAAUUCUAGGAGUAUAUAAAAAAUAUAUUUUAUCAUACAUUUACUUUUUUUUUUUUAAAAAAAAAAAAGAAAUAUAUAAAAUUUCAUUAAUAAGUUCUUAAAACAAAAAGUAUAGUAGAAAUGCAGGAAAGAAUUAAUUUAUAAUAUUAGAUAUUAUGAAAAUAAAUAUAUAAAAAAAAUAUAUAAAUUAAUAUUAAUUAUUUAAUUAUAUAUAUAUAUAUAUAUAUAUAUAUAUAUAUAUAUUUAUAUAUAUAUAUAUAUAUAUAUAAAUAGAAAUAAUAAUAAUAAUAAUAAUAAUAAUAAUAAUAAUUUGA